CUUCCUUUUAAAUACGCCCCUUAUCCAGUUUGCAAUCUCCAUUUUUCUUUUUGGUCAAGGAGUUGUGCUUUUUCUUGUGGCUUGGUGUUUGGCUUCCUUUCAGCUUUUUCUCCACAUUAAUUUAAUAUAAUGUCGGAUCUGGCUUCUCCUGCAAUCAUUCCUGCCAAGGAACCACCAAUUACGCACUUGCAACCCCCUGAGAUGCGUGCUUUGAUGAGCAUUUUGGUGAAUGUAUUGCGUCGUCGCAGGCAGCGUCAGGUAAUUUAUUGUCAAACUUCUUUGUAAAUUUAAAGGAUGUUUUAAUCAAAUUUACAUGUGUUGGACCAAUGUGAAAUAGCUUUCAUUUUGUAUGUUGUUUUUAGUUUGAAGCCAGGAGGCUUCACCGUUAUUGGGUUCACCCCAUAAAUCUGCUGCGUGACGACCGUGGUCAUAUUGUCAUCUUUAUGCUGAGAUCAGAAGUUUUCCGGAUAAAUUCUAUAACUUUGUCCGUAUGUCAAUGGAGGCAUUUGAUAAUCUUUUGUCCAUUGUUGGACCACAUCUUCAGCGUUCCCACACACAUUUGCGCAAAGCAAUCUCACCAAUGGAGCGUCUGUUGAUCACCUUGAGAUAUCUUGCGACUGGGGAGAGUUAUGCCUCGUUACAUUUGCAAUUCCGUGUUGGCAAAUCAACCCUCAGCGGUAUUGUGAAGGAAACAUGCACCAUGAUUUGGCAGUACAUGCAGCCAAUUUCGUUGCCCAGUCCAAACCAGGAGAGAUGGCUUCAGGCAGCAUCAGGAUUUCAGUCUGUAUCCUACUUUCCCAACUGCAUAGGCGCUGUCGACGGUAAGCAUAUUCGUGUACAGCAGCCACCGGGAUCAGGAUCACGCUUCUACAAUUAUAAAAAGUAUUUUUCUGUGGUCCUGAUGGUGGUGGCUGAUGUUCAGUACAAGUUUAUUGCUAUUGAAGUUGGCGCCUAUGGCAGUAGCGGGGACUCACGGAUGCUGAUGUAUUCAGAAUUUGGCCGUCAUGUCCUUCAAAAUCAAGUCAUUCUGCCUCCACCAAAGCCACUUCCUGGUACCAUGAAUCCACUUCCCUAUGUUUUCGUCUCUGAGGAAGUUUCCCACUUCUGCCGAACCUGAUGUGCCAAUACCCUCAAAGGGGAAUUGAUGACCGGAAGCGAGUGUUCAACCAGAGGCUUACCCGGGCACGGCGCUUCGUGGAGUGCAAAUUUGGGAUCAUGGCUGGGAAGUGGAGGAUCUUGAGCAUUGCUAUUCAGUUGGAUGUUGACACAGUAGACUCAGUCAUUAAAGCGACAUGUGUUCUCCACAACUAUAUUCUGGACUAUGCUAGCCCCGAUAUGGAAGAGGAGGAACAUGUGUCGUGGGGUGAGUCUGCUGGGUCAUGGG